AUGGAUUUCUCAUUCCACUCUCACCAUUUCGACAGGGUUCAAAUUUCAGACCAAGAGUCUAAUGAUAUCCCAUCACUAGAAGCGCCAUCUCAGGGCAAUGGUGAUUUCACCAUGAAUGCCCCAACGUUCAACCACUUCAGUCUACCUGACUGGGCGAGAUGGAGAUCCCAGCCAGCUCACAUGCCUCCUCGCCAGUUUGAAGAUUGCAAUUUUCCUCGUGUGGCUGAUGCUGAGACGCCCGACUUGGGUUCGUUCUCUCAGGAACCCAUUGGGGAUCCAAAUGGGUAUCUCAAUUCGUACCGCACGCAUGUCACCCCCGCUAUAGCUGGCACAACCUUGGAGACAUUAGCCCCUCAGACUGGAGAUGGCCACGCAAAUUGGUCACUUUUGCAACCCUCCCAUGCCUUCAAAGGCCAGCCAUACAGCUAUCCUCAGUUGGAACCUUAUCAGCCAUCUCCAGACUCCCCACCGUCGCCACUUUCUGAAGUCUCUUCCUAUCACUCUCCGCAGUCCCUCGCUGCUUCGAGCCCAGCCAUGAUGAACCAAUCUACCGACCGUCUUUCACCACGUUCCAGCACUGGUGAUCACAGAGAGGAGCGUCCCGGACACCCUCCCUAUUCAGUUCUCAUCUAUCAAGCUUUGAAGGAUGCACCGGGACACAAGCUUCAACUCCAAAGCAUUUACUCCUGGUUUGAAGCAAAUACGGACAAGGGAGCGGACCCAAACGCGAAGGGAUGGCAGAACAGUAUUCGCCAUAAUCUCUCUAUGAAUGCGGGAUUCGAGGCAGUGAAAGAAGAAGUUGGCCCAGGAAAAAAAGCAGUCAACUUCUGGAGGCUCACGCCGGAAGCCAUCCACAGCGGUGGCAUCCAAUCAACUACCCGUUACCGCAAGCUUCAACACCAAAAGAAAGGAAUGGGCUCAGGCCACCGAGGGCCCACACAUCAGCCCUCGCAGUACAAGGGGGUUCACGCCACGAAAGUUGUCAAAUCACGCAGCACGAAUAGUCCCCGCAGCGAGCGCGCCGAAGCAUAUCAUCAGCAAAUUCCUGACACCAAUCCUAGUCUAGGACAUGAAUACGGUCCUGCCAGUCUCCCAGUCAUGCAAAGAUACAUGCAACACCCCAUGGGCCCUGUUGUCGGAUGCACCCCCAUGAUACCAGGAAACAAUACGGUCUUCAUCGAUACCACGGAACCAGUGUCAGCAUUUGACGUGGGCCAUAGCCAUGAUUGGUCUCAGGACCCACUCGAAGGUCCCGGUCGAUCUUCAUGGGAUUUGGAAAAAGAAAUUUGA